ACGUCGAGCGCGGCCAUGGAAGCUCUCGCAUCGCCGCCCCGGGCUCUCUCCUCCAGCACGGCCUCGCCGGCGUCGGUGCUGGCCGCCACGGUGAAAUGGGCGUCGACGCCGUCGGCCAGGCAACCAGCUGCCCGCCGUGUCAGCGCCAGCGCCGCCGAGCCUGCCGGCGAUGCGAAGCCGGCUGCGGCAGCGGCGUCCGGCCCUGCGGAUGGCGCGGCUCCAGCGCCCAAGAAGAUACUCAAGAAGAAGCCGGUCUACUCCAUGAAAAAAGGGCAGAUUGUGCGUGUCGAGAAAGAGAAGUAUUUGAACAGUAUCAAUUACCUGUCAGUGGGGCAUCCACCCUUCUACAAGGGGCUAGACUACAUCUACGAAAACCGUGGCGAGGUUCUCGACAUCAGAAUCUUCGAGACAGGAGAGUAUGCUCUGAUAGCAUGGGUAGGGAUUCCAACCCCACCGGCAUGGCUACCAACUUAUAUGCUCAUCAAGUCGGACAAACUCGACUACGAAAGAAUGUAAUGGAUGGAUUGCUCCACAAGAUGAUAGGAGAACAGUAUAUGUGCAUAAACUAAUGCCACUAGGCGGCAAUGCUGUGCAAUUGCUCCAUGGCUAUAACACAGAAGAACUUGUAAAUCGAGGAUAUGGGAGGGAGAAGGAAUUUUUUUAAAUUUACUAUCUUAUUUUUUGUA